AUGUCAUUGUCGAAGUUGGUGUCUUCGGCCAUCAUCAUCACUGUUCCGGCAAAAGCAGAAUCCUUUGAACCUGACGACGAGGCCAAGGAGCCCACGUCUGCGACAUCCGCCGCGUCAGAUGUGGACCGCUGGCGUGCUCAGGGCGAUUUACCCGUCCCCUUGGCCAAAGCAUGUGAUUAUCUUUUCCAAACUCGUACAGUCGUACAGUGGCUGAUUCUGGGUGACGAAUGUGUUGAGGAUGCGUUGGCGGUUGCACCCCGCACCGCGGUGGUUGCGUUGGGAGGUUUUGCCAGAAAUGUCGAGGAGUUGGACCUCUUUAUGUCCAGACUAGCUCGACAGCACUUUGAGACAGUGACGAUAGAGGAAGAAAUCGAGCUCACCAGCUCCAGUAUCUUGCUUUCGCAGAACUCUCAGUUAGUGUUGAGAAUACCCUUGCUGCUUGCAGAUAUUGCCCAUGAAUGCGUUUCGCAAGCACCUGGAGGCCUCUCUAGUUACAUCCUAGGAGUACUUCCUCGGAGUCGCCAACCAGGGUCCGGGACGUCGCACAGUUUGUGGGUCUUCUUGGUCGGACCCUGCUCCAUGAAGGAGUUUAACGCACAUCUCUGGAAUUUUGGUCGCCAUGGGGCGGUGCGUAGAGAUGUGAAUUCUGCAUUGGCACUCACGAGCACAGUUUUGGGAGCAGGAGGCUGCGGUAAAGUCUUUUUAGCCAACAAGUGGGAUGCCACCGGAGAUUAUAUUGACAGCAAUCUCGCGGUCAAAGAGCUGUUGCCAAAAGGCAAACCGGUAGAAUGCACCCUGAGGACAGAGAUCGAAUUCCUGGCUGCUGCCCAAGGUCAUCCAAACGUUGCGAUUCUACACGGAGUCUUCCAUCAAAUCGACAGCGGGGACAGCGAGAAUGUUUUCAAGGCUCCAGGCAGUCCUGAAGAGGUCAUGACCCAGGACAAGGAAGUCGGGCGAGAUCGCUGGUUUAUCGCUUUACAGCUCUACACCAGUGGAGACCUGUUUGAACGAGUGCAGCGGAGCGGCCCCUUGAAGGAAGCCGAGUCAGUGGAGGUGAUGCUAGGCCUUCUCUCGGCUCUUGCUUAUGUGCAUCAUUUAGGCAUUGUCCAUAGGGACGUGAAAUGCGAAAAUAUUCUUCUCGAUGGCAAUCGCGCCAUUCUUUCUGAUUUCGGUAUUUCCUGCUUUUUAUCCGACCCGGAGAGCAUGGAGAAACGGGUUGGAUCGCCAGGCUAUGCAUCUCCUGAGAUGCUGAAAGGCGAGUCCUACAAUGAAAAGGUCGAUAUUUUUCCACGGGCGUUGCGUUGUGACCCAGCGGCAAAGAGCUGA